AUGGUUAACGUCAAAAAAGCUGGCUCCCAAGCUGCAGAUUACGCUGCCAUUGAGAAUUACCUGCUCACUGUAGAUCUGCUGGGCUGCUUUGCUACUGUCUCCACAGUAAACGAGAUGUAUGGACUUUUCAUCCAUAUUACCCAUGAUACCAUUGACCGUUUCGUGCCAAUUAGGAAGAUUGGACAUAGUACCUUCGUGAGGUCACCUAGUUAUGAUAGAAGGAUGAUUCGACGCCGUAAUACCUUGUGGAGUUUUGCCAUAUCUAAUGGCCUCGGCAAUGAAUCGAGUGUUUUUAUAAAAUAUAAUGCAGUAGUAGAAGGAUGUGUCAACAGGUACCAUGUCUUUCUCAAGAAGAAGAUUGUGGAUACCAAAAGUCCUUCUAAGCUAUUCACAUUUAUAAGCUCCCGUAUUAAAGACAAAACGGUUAUUCCAGCUUUAAUUGCAGACAAUGGCAACAUGUUGUUCAGUGACAGGGAUAAAGCCGAACUUGUAGGGCAACAUUUCCAAAAAAAUUUUCUCAACCACCCAGGAAACUACCGUCCCAUAAGCAUCACUUCAGUUUUUGCGAAGGUGUUUGAAAAAAUUCUUAGGAAACAUAUUGUGAAGCAUCUGGAGCAUAAUAACAUAAUACCCUCUGAGCAACACGGUUUUUGUCGUGGAAGGUCUGGGAGAAAAGGGAAGGGAAGGGAAACGGCACUACUCGUAUUCCUCAGCGAUUGGACAAAAGCUAUUGAGCUUAAAAAGCAGGUUCAUAUCAUCUACUUUGAUUUCAAGAAGGCUUUUGACAAAGUGCCCAUUCAGAAACUUGUCGGCAAACUUCGGGCGGUUGGUAUCCACCCCAGAGUUGUUCAGUGGAUCCAGCAUUUUCUGACAGCAUCGUCAGUACCGAGGUUCGGAUUGGUAACGACUUCACCUCGUGGGGUACCGCAGGGUGGGGUACUCUUCCCUCUGCUCUUCCUUGUAUAUAGAUUCGAUCUGCCGAAGGCUUUAUCCAAUCUUGGAGUGAAAUGUCAGCAUAAAGAUAUAUAA